AUGGUCGGUUUGGCUGCCCCCGUGCUACUCCUGGCCGUGACUCUCCCCUUGGUGGGAUCACCAGGCACCAGAGCAUCUCAACCUGGACAGAGUCAGGCAGGAGGGGUGUCUGGGCAGCAACUGGACCAAGAGAGUGAAGCAGGUGAAUCAGUCCUGGUCUCGGUCUAUGUACAGCUGGACUUUUCAAAUGAGACGUGGCCAGCAGCACUCUCCAGGACCCAGACUUUCCCCACUGCCUCGCCUGCCUCUUCCCCAAGAUCCCUCCUGGGCCUUAGCCUAACAACAGACUGUAAUGUCAACCACGAUGGGUGUACCUAUUGUGCUUGCCUCUCUGGGUACCAGUGGAACACGAGUGUCUACUCCCAUCACCAUCCUUGCCAAACCGCCCACAACCACCAACCUUGUGGCUGUCUUGUCUUCAGCCCUACUGAAGCCGGGUACUGCCAGUUACUGCCACCUGUCCCCCGGACUCGGAGCCUGAGCUCCCGGAUGCCUGGCAACAAGCCAAACCUGAUUCUCCUUAUGAGCCACGAGACCACCAACCUGAACUGGUUCCUGUGGCGCCCAAGGACCCCCAGACCCUACCCCCUGCAGCCAGGGAUGCAUGUGUCCCUGACCUCUAGCCAGGGCCAGGCUGUGCUCAGCAUCUUCAACAUCUCCCACAAAUGGGCAGGUGAGUACAUGCGCUGCUUUGAGGCCCAGGGACUCAGGUGGGAGCUGUACCAGGUUGCCAGGGUGUCCCUGCAGGCCACAGACAUGGCUCAGCUUCCAGACCAGCUCUCCAUUGCCUGUGCCACCUCCCCUGGCUUCCAGCUGAGCUGCUGCAUCCCCAGCACACGCGCAGCCUACACGGCUUCCUGGAGCCCCAGAGAGGGCAGCGAAGGAUCCCAGUGCCAGCACCGCCCUGCCGCUGACACUGUGUACGCUUGUGACCUGUGGAGCCCAGGAGUGACUCCUCACAGGGGUCUCAUCUCUGGCACCAUCAUCCAGGGUGGAAAUACCACCUGCCCUGAGGAUUUCUCACUUGUUGCCUGGAAUGUCACCAAGGCUGGCCAUGUGGCACAGGCCCCGUGUCCCGUGAACAAGACAGACAUGGUGAAGAGGCCGUGUGGGCCUGACGGGGUCUGGGGACCCAUCCACAGCAGCUGUAUAGACCCAAGGCUCCAGGCCUUGCUUCAUAAAGCCUGGUGGCUGCAGGUAGGCCAGGGCCGGCCUACUGAGGAGGUCCCAGAGAUCCUGGCACAGCUGCCAGAGCAGGUGGUGGUGCUGAGCUCACCCGCUGACUUAUUGGCAGUGCUGGGCACCAUGAGAUCCCUGGCCAAGGUGGUGGCAGAAGCCAGAAUACAUCUUAACCGAAGUGCCCUGGAGUCUUUCCUGAAUACCACAGACAAGGUCCUAGACAUGGACAACAGUUCUCUGUGGACCCUGGCCCAGGCCCAGCAGCCCUCAAUGGGCUCAGAUCUUCUGCUGGCUGUGGAGACCCUGGCACGCAGCCUGUGCCAGGAGGAUCACCCCUUCUCCUUCAGCUUGCCCAGCGUGCAGAUGCAAACUGAGCUCCUCAGACCCACAUUUCCUUCUGACUACAGUGUCUCCUUCUCCACUCAGUCCCGACUGCAGGCACAGAUCCUUGGGCACUCACUGGCCCCACUGGGCCAUAAUAGAACCAACAUCAGUAUCACCAGCUUGGUGCUGCAAAAACUGGACCACCUUCUGCCCUCGAAUUAUGGACAAGGCCUGGGGGGCUCUCUCUAUGCCACUCCUGGUCUGAUCCUUGUCAUCUCCAUCACGGCAGGUGGCCAGGCCUUCAACCAGGGAGAGGUCAUCAUGAACUUUGGGGACAUAGAUGGCACCUCUCACUGUGUCUUCUGGGACCAUAAUCUCUUCCAGGGCAAAGGGGGCUGGUCGGAUGAAGGGUGCCAGGUACAGGAAGCCAGUGCCAGCCCCACCACUCAGUGCAUCUGCCAGCACCUCACUGCCUUCUCCAUCCUCAUGUCCCGACACAGGGUUCCAAAAAACCCCACCCUGGACCUGCUGGGUCAGGUGGGCUUGGGAGCCUCCAUUCUGGCACUGCUUGUGUGCCUGGGCGUGUACAGGCUGGUGUGGAGAGUCGUGGUACGGAACAGAGUGGCCUACUUACGCCACGCAGCCUUGCUCAACACGGUGCUCUGCCUGCUGGCCGCAGACACGUGCUUCUUAGGAGCCGCCUUGCUUCCUCCAGGGCCCCGCAGCCCGCUCUGCCUGGCCACUGCCUUCCUCUCUCAUUUCCUCUACCUGGCCACCUUUUUCUGGAUGCUGGCUCAGUCCCUGAUGUUGGCCCACCAGCUGCUCUUUGUCUUCCAUCAGCUGUCCAAGCACCGAGUACUCUCCCUGAUGGUGGUCCUCGGAUACCUGUGCCCAAUGGGGUUGGCAGUUAUUGCCUUGGGCCUCUACCUACCGCAAGGGCAAUACCUGGGGGAGGAAGAAUGCUGGUUGGACAGGAAGGGAGUGGGGCUCUACACCUUCGUGGGGCCAGUGCUGACCAUUGUGGGCGUGAACGGGUUGGUGCUAGCCAUGGCUGUGCUGAAGUUGCUGAGACCUUCGCUGUCAGAGGGGCCCCAGGUGGAGAAGCGCCAAGCUCUUCGGGGGGUGAUCAAAGCCCUGCUCAUUCUCACACCCAUCUUCGGCCUGACCUGGGGGCUGGGCCUGGCCACUCUGUUAGAGGAAGUCUCCAUAGUCCCUCACUACAUCUUCACGGUUCUCAACACCUUCCAGGGCGUCUUCAUCUUAUUGUUUGGCUGCCUCGUGGACAAGAAGGUGCAAGAGGCUUUACUCAAACGUUUCUGCCGCAGCCAAGCCCCCAGCUCCACCCUCUCCCUGGUCCCAGAUGAAACCUACAUCCCGGAACACAGCAAAGGGAGAGGUGAAAACGGCAGCUCACCUGUCGCCACCCCUACCCUAUCCAGGCAAGAAGAACAUGGAAAACCGUCUAGCUAAAGCUGCCUGAUGAAUGAGCUGCCUUUGCUGUAAAAACAGAUAUCAAAAUUCAAAGCACUUGCAAGGAGAACUGUCUCAACCAGUUUUUUAACUAAUCAGCAGUUCAUGUGACAGAUGUAUUUGAUAAAAAUGGUUUCCUUUUAACUAUUCGCUUAUUUCUUCUCUGAUAGUUUCUCCUCUACAGUUACGAAGAAAGGAUGCCUUAACUGACAGGAACUCUGAUCUUGCAAACACUGAAGGUGAAGGGCAGAGUUUUGGUUUGUUUCUUUUCAAAGUUUAGGAAGAGGUGAAAUUAAUAGGUCUCUCUUUCUUUAAAAAAAAUCAACAAAAAAUGUAAGUGUCAUAGACAUGUGCAUGUAUACAAAAAGUGACAUGAGCACAUUUGUAAGAAUGCGUUAUAAAUUUUAAAGUAGAGUGAAAAGUACCACAGACUGACAAGAAUUAAGGAGAAAAGAUGACAAAACCAAUGAUAUUCAAAAGUGGCAGGAUCAAGCUAAGACUAGAUGUAGAGAAGAAAUAUUUAAGAAAAGCCUUUAGAGGACACCAAGACGUCUAGCUGAAUUAACUUAUAGAAUCCACAAAAGGAUGAUGACAGAAUUCUGAAAAAUUUUAAGACUAGAUAAAUGAAAAACUUCUGAUGAAUGAGUGUUUGCUAAUUACAAAAUUCAUGGGCAUUUUUCUAAGAUGGAAUGGGAAUG